GUCGAACCAAAGAGGUGGUCUUCCACCGCACAGGAAACCCAAAAGUGCGCACGCGCAGUGCUCUGUUGCUACACUGUUGUUGUAGUAACCAGGAAGAUUAGCAGUGAUCGUCAACUCUCCUUGCAUAUUUAAGCUAGUUAGCUUGUAGCAGGCUGGAUAAAACAAGGACGGCGGCUGCAAUGGUUGACACUUGAUCCCUGGAGGAUUUUAGCUGUCUCUCUGCGGAGAUGCCAGCUGUAGCUCAGGAUAAGGAGGACUCUGAGUUCUCAUCAGAAGACGAGCAAGAAGACCAUCCUUGCAUUGCUUGGAGUGGCCUCAGCAGGACAAUCCCGAUCUUCUUGUUUUUCCCUGAAGCCAUUGUGUCAAAGAAUGGGACUAUCAGUGCUGGUGGAGCGCGAUACAACAUGGCCUUCAAGAUCGUGCGCACAGAGAGUCGCCUGGUGCGAGGGAUACUGACCAAUCAUGGUUUCCAUGAGGUUAACGCAAAUAGCAACGACUUUAACUUAAUGUGGACAGGGUCUCACCUUAAGCCUUAUCUACUGCGAAGCCUUCAAGAUUUCCAGAAGGUCAACCACUUUCCCAGAUCUUAUGAGUUGACCCGCAAAGAUCGCCUUUAUAAGAACAUUCAGCGAAUGCAGGAGGCCCACGGCUUCAGAAACUUCCACAUUGUUCCACAGACCUUUGUGCUACCUUCGGAAUACCAGGAAUUCUGCUCUUGUUACACAAAGGACAAGGGCCCAUGGAUUAUUAAACCAGUAGCAUCAUCAAGAGGACGAGGCAUCUACUUAGUCAGCAAUCCAAAUCAGAUUUCACUGGAUGAGAACAUCUUGGUGUCCCGCUAUAUUAAUAACCCUCUACUUAUAGAUGAAUUCAAGUUUGACAUGCGUUUGUAUGUGUUGGUUACAUCAUACGAUCCACUACUCAUUUAUGUAUAUGAAGAAGGCCUUGCCAGGUUUGCCACCGUCAAGUAUGACAGGACUGCAAAGAAUAUUAAGAACACCUUCAUGCAUCUCACCAACUACAGCGUGAACAAAAAGAGCAGCGAUUAUGUCAGUUGUGAUGACCCUGAGGUUGAAGACUACGGCAACAAGUGGAGUAUGAGUGCAGUGUUGCGCUAUUUGAGGCACGAGGGGAAGGACACCACAUUGUUGAUGAGGCAGGUGGAGGACCUUAUUAUCAAAGCUGUGCUGAGUGCCGAGAUGCACAUCGCCAGUGCCUGCAAGACGUUUGUUCCGCACCUGACAAACUGCUUUGAACUUUAUGGAUUUGAUGUGCUCAUUGACUCCAACCUCAAACCCUGGUUGUUGGAGGUGAACCUUUCUCCAUCUUUGGCCUGUGAUGCCCCGUUGGAUUUGAAGAUAAAGGCCAGCAUGAUAGCAGACAUGCUCUCACUUGUGGGCUUAGUGUGUCAGGACCCUGUGAUGAGGAAGCCACGUUCUGAGCGAGGCAGCUUGGACACCAGCCUCAAGCAGACAGCCCAAAGAACACAGAAACCUUUCCCUGCACCUACAGCCAUUUCACACAACUCAAUGUGGCAGAGGCCCUCACUAGCCACUCACUGUGUGGCAGUGGCGUUUAAAGACAAGCCGGGAGGAGAAAGCACGCUGGGCUUGACUGCUGAGCAGGUCAAAAUUGUAAGAAGGACAAAGGAAGAGUAUGAGAGAAGAGGAGGCUUCAUCAGAAUCUUCCCCACUGAAGACACAUGGGAGCUCUAUGGAGGAUAUCUGGAGUCCAAGACACCAAUGAACUUCAUGUUGGCAAACAGACUUUUCCAUGGAAGGAAUGGGGGAGGGAAUGCGCAGCUGCGGAUGGCCACGGUCGACGGCUACCAUGCCGUCCAGUACGAGAGGAAGCUGCCGUCUCUGGAGGCCCGUAAGAGGAGACGGCACCACCUGAGUCAUCGCCCUGCUGUUGGAAAGAAGAAAUCGGGGACGCAAUCCAAGGCCUCCCUGACGGAGAGCAGCGGCCUGGAGGGAGAGGAUUGCAUACGGGAGGAAAGAGAUGAGAUGAAACGUGUUCUCAAGCCAAUAUUACACAAGGUUUUGGUAGCAGAGCAAAGAAAACAAGUGGCUUCACCAGCGCAGCACUCUCACAGCGAGGCUCCGUCCAGCUCAGAGGCAACAACACACAACAGCAGGCCCCGUGUCAACCUGCUUCACAUCCUGCGGCAGGGGUGGGACAUCAGUAAAGUUCAGGCCCGGAUGACCUUUUCCUCUUACCUGCAGCGAGUUCAACAAAGACUGUUGACAGAGAACAGGAUCAAUGGCAUUUCAGCAUGGACAGACAAGGACAAUUACCAAAUGGAGCUGGUUAUUCGCUUCCUGAAAAGGGCUGCCAGUAACCUCGACCAAGACAUCAAAGUGGUUCUGCCCAGUCAUCGGCUACCAGUCCAAGACCGCAGACGUAUCCUGUCCCACCAACUAGGAGAGUUUAUCCACUGUUACGACAAGGAAACGGAGCAUAUGGUGAGAAAACAGCAGACUGGUACAGAAGAGAAGUGUGUUGACCCCAAAGUGUUUCACGAGUACAUCACGGCUGCAAGUGAAAGCGAUCUAGAGGAAGUACUGACGUUCUACACACAGAAAAAUAAAUCAGCCACGGUCUUCCUUGGAACAAAAGUCAGGCGUGUUAAAAAAGCCUUUCAUGAAAUACAUGCCGCACAAGAGCCAAACAACUGUGAGACUUCCAAAACUCUGCCUGUGGCCAAAGAGGAUUCCAGCUCUUUGGAAUCAACGCCCUCCACAAGGAAAGUCAGCAGUGAGACAGACAACAGGGCCACUGAAGAUCAACCCUCUGUUUGUUUGUCUGGAGACCAGCUGACCGGAUUUGGAUAUGCAAAAAUUCAUCCGCAACUCCAGGCUUCCCAAAGCUGCUUGAGCUUUCCCGUGACACAGGAAAGCCCUUCAUCACUGUCCCUUCAUCAUCCUUCACCUUUGCCGCUCCCCCCUCAGCCUCCAUCCUAUGCUCAAUCCUUGGCAAAGUCCCAAUUCUCCCAGGCUGAGGUGCUCGCUGAUUGCCCUGUAUACACCCCUCUUUCUGGGCCUAUGGGGCAACCAACCCAGGUUCUCUGGAGAAUUCCAUCUUCCACCACGUCCACUUUGAGCUCUAGAGGAGCUUCCUCCAUCACCAGUGCCAUGCACAUCUAUAGCCAGAAGCUCGCAAGAUCGACAUCUGCAGGCCAAGCGUCCAGAAUGUACAGUUCCAGUAAGAUGAAGUCCAACUCUGAGGGGGCCUUCAAGGAGUUAAAUUCUCUUACAGUCCAGGCCCAGUCCAACCAGCAGGCCUUCAUCUCAGCUCUGCAGAAGUUGGCCGACAAGCAAGUUGCCCGCAACAAAGCCGGCUCCAGGCACAUCAACCUGCUGACACAACAUUUGACAAGGCUAAACCUGGCAAGCAGAAUAUUGAGCAGAGAAAACCCACAGAUGUCACACCCUGCUGCCAUCACCCAAGGAUCUAUGGGGGUGGUUCACUCUGUCAAUGGUCCUCUUAGAAACAACACCUUUCAUAGGAGGAUUAAGGACAGGAAGGCUUCCUGUGACGGGCAGAGUGGAAGCGACUUUCCCUCCGUGAUGUCGGCGAAUCCAGAGCAGCGCUGGCAGCCCCCCACAAGAAGCUACCAGCUUCAGUUGGCUGUCCAGCAACUGCAUCAGCAGAGACUUCAACAGCGGGAAUUCUUGGACCAGAACCACGACGCACACCAGGAUCAACAGUCUGACGAAACCAUCGCUCCCCACGCAACAGUUCCCACAAAGCCAUCCAGCUUCCUUGGACCACCCCAUCACGGUCACAUCCAGGCCUGUGAUAGUCCUGUUCUCUCCCCGAAGCCACCCAGCGAGGCCCGUGAUGGCCCGGUCAAGAAACCAGCAACACAGCGCCUCGUCAAGCAGACGUCCACUCAGAUGUUGGUUUCCGGAAGUGUGACCAGCGAACAGCACUCGGUCUGUAAGACCAUCUGCCCCAAGACAGGGCUUUCCGUGUACCGCAAGUUGCUUCAGGCCCGGGAGCCAAGUCCCAGAUGACACCAGUGUGACCAGAGGCGCAUCCUGCCACUCUGCUGGCCCGACAGGUGUCUCUGCAUGUAACCACACAGCCACACUGCCACACAGGUGUAUUCUGGGUAGGAACAACAGCAGAAAGCGUGCCGGGGUUGCUAUUCAUUUGUUUGUCACGCUGCCACAGACAUGGCAGGGGAUGGCGUGCCAGGCACGGAAUCCCCAGCUUUGACGCAUGUUGGGAUUUAGUUGUGCAGGCGGAGAUCACGUGGCCUUUUUUUUUUUUCCAGCCUGCACUGCAGUCUCCACGCCAACAGUUGCCCUCCUUCUUUCUCUCCAUGCCAUCAAUGCCACGGAAAGAUUUCACAGGCAGAUAUCUUUCAGCAGAUGCCCUGUUGGCAUUUAGCAUGCUCGCUAUUCACAUGAAGCCACCCCUCCCGCAACCUCCAAUGAGAGACAUUUCAUGAAUGGCGAGCACGCAGGGAAGUUCCUGGCAUUAGACGCUGACUUCCAGUCCAGAAUGAAAACACACGCUUACCAAAUCUGACUGUGUGCUCCUCUUUGGCCUGAGGAUGUGUAUAAUUAUAGCAACCUUUCCUGAUGGCUCGUGAUUCUUCUCUUCAAUUAUUGACACGUGGGCGUUUUUAUGGAUGGACCUCAUUUAAUAUGCAGAGUCAAUUAUUGUUAUUAUUACUUACACAAUGGUUGCUCACAAAAUGAGUACACCUCUCACAUAUCAGCCAAGCCAAGGACAUACUGCACUAUAGAAAUGAAAGUUAUUAUUGUUAUUGUUUAGACUAGUCAGUGUACAGCUUGUAUGGCAGGAUAGAGUUACUGUUAUUUGUAAAAAAAAAUGGCAACUAUUCAGUACACCUCACAUGUUCUAUUUAGUGUGAGCACCAUUUUUAUGUAGUACUACCUGAACCCUCUCGGGUUCUGAGUUCUCCAAUUCCUCCAUGAUGACAUCAGUGGUGGAUGUUAGAUACCUUCCACUUGAUGUCCCACAGGUGCUCCAUUACCUUCAGCUUCCUCCGAAAGGCAUUUCCGUCAUUUGGGUUUGUUAUCAUGUUGGAAAACUGACAUGGAUCAUUCCUCUGUAUCAGAAUGUCACAGUAUAUGUUGCGCGCAGACCUCACAGCUAGGAAACCAGGGUUCAAUUCCACCCUCGUCCAUCUCUGUGUGGAGUUUGCAUGUUCUCCCCGUGCAUGCAGGGGUUUUCUCCGGGUACUCCGGUUUCCUCCCACAUUCCAAAAACAUGCUAGGUUAAUUGGUGACUCCAAAUUGUCCAUAGGUAUGAAUGUGAGUGUGAAUGGUUGUUUGUCUAUAUGUGCCCUGUGAUUGGCUGGCGACCAGUCCAGUGUGUACCCCGCCUCUCGCCCAAAGACAGCUGGGAUAGGCUCCAGCACCCCCCGUGACCCUAGUAUGAAUGAAUGAAUAUGUCAAUGAACCUCAGCUCCCCAGUGCCGUCAGGAUUCAUACGGCCCCAGACCAUGACACUGCGACUGCCAUGCUUGAUUGUAGGCAAGACAUAAUUAUUUCGCUAAUUCCAUUGGCAGCAAUUGAUAUGGAUUGAAUGAAUAGUAGUAGACUACAGUAAUUAAUAUUAAUAAUAAUAUUCAUGUUUCAUUUAGAUUAAAACGGGUUGCUGAAAUGUGAGGAGUGUGCUCACUUUUGUGAGUGUAUAACAAGUAAACUCAGGGUGUGUUGUUAAUAAAACCUUUUUUGUUGUGUAGUCAUAGAUUCAGUAUAUGUUCGUGAUCACGUUGAAUGAAAUACUUGAAUUCCACGCAUGUCGUUGUGAUAUCUCCUGGUGAUAACUUUUGCACACAUUGUCAUAUCCAACUUUUAGGAUUUGAACAUUGAAAAUGCACGGUCGUCGUGUAAAAUGUCAUGUUGUGUACUUUUACGCCAGUGCAUGCUUUAUUACCACACUCCAUAUCAAUGUGUAUUUGUAUUUGUACUGCAGUACUGCAGUUUAGUUUACUGACAAUCCCUGAAUGUUUACAACUCUGGUGCAUGGCAAUGUUAACUAUUUUUUGGAAUUAUUGAGGUUGUAGCAAAUUGAGACACUGUAAUACAUGGCGAUCGUAUACAAAUGUACACUGGACAUGCAGUAAAUAGUGAAAAAUGUGGAGUUCUUCUUUACGGUCAUCUGAAUUGACUCUAUUAUACCUUUUGAAAGUACUCCAUAAAGUGCUCUAUAAAAAAAACAAAACAACACAACAUUUCCAACACUACUAAACAACUCUACCCAACUGUCAUUUAAUUAAAAAGGUGUUUCCAAGAGUAAUAAGAACAUAAUUUACAAUUAAUUAGUGUUCACUUGCAUGCUCUCAUUCAGGAUGGGCAUAAAAAUCCAUUAACCGAGCUUCAGGAAUUUAGGGAAUCAUUGUAAGGAGUGACUUGAUGUUGAGUUCCAUUCAUGCUAUGGCAUGGAAACAGGGGUUCAGAACAUUCCGAGAAUGAUUCUCCCAUUUUUUGAAAAUACAGUAAACCUCGGAUAUAUCGGAUUCAAUUGUUCCCACUGGUUUUGUCCGAUAUAAGCGAAAUCCGUUAUAUGCGUAUACCGGAAAAUGUCCGUUUUACGCAUAUAUCGGAUUUAUAUCCGGUAUAUGCGUAAAUGGGAUUUUAUCCGUUAUAAAAAGGCACUUCCUUGACUAUGUUUCCAAUGUACCUGGACGCGCAGGCAACGCUGCAAACGCUGCAAAUGACGUCGUAUAGCGGCCUGUCACGAUUCGGCGAAUCGGAGCGCCACGAUGCGGCCAUCCGAUAUAUGCGAGGGAAAUUUAAUGGAAAUGCAUUGGAACGGGACUGGAGAUUUUGUCCGAAAUAGGCAAAAUCCGUUAUAAAAAAUCCGAUAUAUGCAAUGAAUUUUUAUUGGAAAUGCAUUACAGAAAAAUCUGUUCUUUUUUUAUCUGUCCGUUGUUAGCGAAUUUCCGAUAUAUCCAAGUCCGAUAUAUCCGAGGUUUACUGUAAUAUAAAAAAAAAAAAACAAUAACAAUUCAUCGCUUAAUUGUUAGUGAAUCUGAAGGAAAUGUAGUCCAAUGCCCAUCCCUUGUUCUCAUACAACAAACAGGCUUUACUUUCAAGUGAAAUCAUCCCUGUUGCAAUGCAGAGGUAUUAACAUCACCAUUGAAAUACGACUUUGAAUAGGUUGGUUUCCAGCAUUUUUAUCAUAUUUUCCUAAAAAUCCUUUUUUUAUUCAACAGCAUUUCAUCCUAAAUACACAGUGUAGCACAGCAUCGCUUUCCAGCUCGGACAUCCAAACGUGUCCUGUGUGUCCUGUCACGCUGAGUUCAGUCUCUCUUCUCAGUCAUUUUUCUGUUUUUUUUCCACCGUCUUUUGGACUGCAAUUAUGUCCUUAAGAAUGCAGUGGUCAUUCCAAGACAAGUUUUAUUCUGUUCUUCUUUUGAUCAAAACAGGAUGAGAAUAGACUGAGGUACGCGCUGUUGAAAAUGCUGGAAUAUGAAAUAGAAGGUAAGAAAGAUGAUUAAGGAACGGUCGGUCACUGAGAGGUCAAGUUGGGUUUUGACGGCGUCAUCGGUCAACUUGACCAGACGCCGUCAUUGUCUGUGGGGCUUCCAAUAGUGUUAAGGAGCUUGGACAAGGCUGAAGAAGAGGCAGUGGACGCUGCCCCAAAACCCCUUUUGAGUCGCUCCUGAGUAGUGCAGGAAGUGUCUCUGUGAUCCCUGAAGCUUCUUAGCUACACUUGCAGGACUUGACGACCAUGUUGGAGAGCUGCUCCACUUUAGGCGAGCGACCCACGUAGUAGAGGAUGGUGAGGGGCUCCAAGUCUUGGGGGACACAGCAGGGUGAGGCCGACGCCUCUGGGUUCAAGGUGUUGUACAGGCUCAGCAGCUUUUCGUGGAGAAAACGGAGCAAUUAUCAGAAAUGUUCAAGACUUGAACAGGAAUUUUUGGUGGUGUUUGACUUACUGUGCUGUGGGUGGUGUCGGCGCUGCGUAGGUAAGGACAGGGACCAGAGCAGAAGUUGGCAUAGUAGCCCUCAGGCUGAUGGAUCCACCUCCAGCCCAAGUCCUGGCGGAAAUUAAUAUAAAGUGGCCGUACACAGCAGUUCUCUUCGUAAUUGCUGUAGACCAAAAAAAAAAAAAAAAGAAGAGAUUAAAGGUCUUUAUAACACGACCGUGUGAACGUCAGCUAUUUCCUCCCUGAUGAGAGAAGUUCACAAAUUCCACUCUUAGGUGUGCCCUUAUUUUCCCUCGUUCCCAGCCAGCCCAGGUGUCUGUCAGCUCUACAGAGGAAAUGCGGAGGUGAGGAGAUGCCUGGCACGUAAUAGUGGUGAGCAUUUUCUCGUAGCUGGGACAGAUCCCGACUUGUCAUGCUGGUCUCGAUGAUGAACACGUUUAUUUCAUGUCGGUGUCUUCCUGCCUGCGCGUCCCGCAUGUCGGCCUGCUGCUUGUACAGCUGGAUCAUGAUAACACACCUGCAGCUAAUGCUGGACAGGAAACAAUGCUUCCAAUGACAUUGACAUGUCAUCAUGUUUUUUCUCCAGUAGAGCGUGCUAUCUAGCUAUUCAAUCAACUUAGCUACGGUGACCAAAUGUCCUGUUUUCACGCCCUGUUUUGGCCAUUUUUUUUUUAGAAAGUGGCUGCAGCCUCACAGCUAGGGAAACCGAGUUCAAUGCCACCCUCGGCCGUCUCUGUGUGGAGUUUGCAUGUUCUCCCCGUGCAUGCGUGGGUUUUCUCCGGGUACUCUGGUUUCCUCCCACAUUCCAAAAACAUGCUAGGUUAAUUGGCGACUCCAAAUUGUCCAUAGGUAUGAAUGUGAGUGUGAAUGGUUGUUUGUCUAUAUGUGCCCUGUGAUUGGCUGGCGACCAGUCCAGGGUGUACCCCGCCUCUCGCCCAAAGACAGCUGGGAUAGGCUCCAGCACCCCCGCGCGACCCUCGUGAGGAUAAGUGGCAGAAAAUGAAUGAAUGUAGUAUUCUGGUCACUACGUUACCUUACAUUAUAUAACCUUAACACUGCAUGAGGUCAUGAAGUCAGCCGUGGCAUGUCUGACAUUCUGACAUGAUAGAGUGGAAAAAAAGUUCUUCUCACAUCUUGUGUGGAAGUGGUAGCUUUUUUUUUCUUAAGUUUAGACGCAGUUAGCUAGUUAGUGUGCUAGCUUGCGGCCGUAUCGGGUGCCUGCUGCAUAAAAUUUAAACAAUGACUAAUAGGAGUGUAAAAAUGACUAUAUACUAUAUAGAUCAUUUAUUUCUACAGAGCUAUAAAAAUGUUAAAAAACAUAUUUAGAAAGUCAUACAUUGACCUCACACCUAGGAGAAACAAGUUCAAUGCCACCCUCUGUGCCAUCUCUGUGUGGAGUUUGCAUGUUCUCCCCGUGCAUGCGUGGGUUUUCUCCGGGUACUCCGGUUUCCUCCCACAUCCAAAAAACAUGCUAGGUUAAUUGGCGACUCCAAAUUGUCCAUAGGUAUGAAUGUGAGUGUGAAUGGUUGUUUGUCUAUAUGUGCCCUGUGAUAGAGUGGCGACCAGUCCAGGGUGUAAGACAGCUGGGAUAGGCUCCAGCACUUCCUGCGACCCUCGUGAGGAUAAGCGGUAAAAAAUGAAUGAAUGAAUGAAAUGCCCUAGUUUUUCAUUGGACCAUUAACAUGGUAUUGUACUCUGAUGUAAUCCCAUAAAGGCUGCUAGUUUUGCUAACAUAGCUAAUAUUAUUUCAUAUUUUUUCGUAUUUAUUUGUACUGUAAGACUUCAAAAUAGAGCUCAUUAUGUUCUUACAAGCCGAUGUGUCUAAUACCCAAGACACAUUAUUUCAUUCCAGAGACUGCUGUGGUUCUCAUUGGGAGUGACCAGGAUGGAUAGGAUCAGGAACAUGUACAUCAGAGGGACAUUACAUGUUUGAGGUCUUGGAGAUAAAGUCAGAGAGGCCAGACUGAGAUGGUUCGGACAUGUCCGGAGGAGGGAAUAUAUUGGUAGAAAAAAUUGUGGAACCUCUGAUACGUAUUUCAAAUUGUGGUAAAAUACUACAUGGGACCCAAUUGCCCUAUUUAGCUAUAUGACUUAUGAUUAUGAAAAACGGGCCUUACUUGAAGCAGUAAUUGGUGUCAAGUGCUCUCUUGCGCCUGCGGGAGGAGGAGUGCGUGUCGAGCCUGUGGGGGGGCAGCAUCAUGAGGAUGAGAUGGGGGUACAGCUGCUCCCUUUGUUUCUUGGUCCGGCUCAGAUCUUCAAAGUCUGCCUCCAUACCUGCAGGACGGCGUGAGAAAGGACACAAAAGACUUUUAGUGGAGCCACAACUACACCGUCGUAAUCAGCUGUCAUUUUUUUUACAGACGGAUAAUAUCGAGACGGGACUUUUCAUCCUUCUUCCAUUGCAGCGCUCUCCCAACUUCCCUCUUCCCACCGUUCCUCCCCUCGGCCCACCGUCUGCUCCUCCGCUCUAGGACUGAUGGCAAAAGCAGCAGAUAUCUCAGGAGAGAUGUUGCCGGUGGAUAUGUUGGCCCUGCUUUAAUUAGGGCCAAUCGUCUCAGCGCCAUGGCAGCACAUUCCUUGUGGCCAACCCGUUCCGGAGCGUUCUCAGGACCCGGGGCUCGGGGGCCCCCUCAUUGCUAAGUGAGAUACCAGAUCAGUGUCAUUCCCAUGCUCUCAGUCUGAUUUCCUCGUAGGAGGGGGAGCCUUUAUCGCCAUCACUGUAAUGACUAUCACUGCAGGCAUGGCGGUAAGGGUGCCAAACACAAUGACACAACUUCACUCGUUCGUUACACUGACCUGAUGAAAUUAAGUUGAUAUGAAAUAUAUUGCAAAAUUACAUACAGCAAAAAAAAAUGUCAGAUCUAAUUUACUUUUCCGUUGACCAUAGUAUUUAAAAACCUUAAUCUUCACAAAAAAAAGUCAGGUAGUCGACCCCGCAAAAAUGUCACCAGCCCUGAGCAGGAGGAUCCCAUUAGCUGACCAUCCUGGCCCAUAUGAAGGUUGUUACUGGUGCUGAGUGCGUUCCAGUAAUCAUCAGAUUGCAUCUGUAAGAGGAGGUUUUUAGAACAAAAAAAGCCUUCAAAGGCCUUGUUUUCCUCAACGCCACACAAUUGCCCAUUUAGAAUUUGCACAAGAGCACUAAAAAAAUGGAACCUGCUGUAUGUGACUAUUGUACACUUCAUCAACUUUUUACAUACGUAUAUACCGUAACUCUACUAGAUGCCAUAAAUCAACAACAUACUGUAGGUUUAAGGAGUGGGACAGGAGGACACAAAAUAUAUUUCAUUUAAUUUGUUAUUUUUAGGGCGGCACGGUGGUCUAGUGGUUAGCGCGCCGCCCUCACAGCUAGGAGAACGAGGGUUCAAUUCCAGUAGGGCGUGCUAUCUAGCUAUCCAAUCAACCAAGCUACGGUGACCAAAUGUCCUGUUUUCACGCCCUGUUUUGGCCAUUUUUUUUAGAAAGUGGCUGCACGGCGGAUAACCGAGUUCAAUGCCACCCUCGGCCAUCUCUGUGUGGAGUUUGCAUGUUCUCCCCGUGCAUGCGUGGGUUUUCUCCGGGUACUCCGGUUUCCUCCCACAUUCCAAAAACAUGCUAGGUUAAUUGGCGACUCCAAAUUGUCCGUAGGUAUGAAUGUGAGUGUGAAUGGUUGUUUGUCUAUAUGUGCCCUGUGAUUGGCUGGCGGGGUGUACCCCGCCUCUAUUUUUACUCUGACGGAACUUGACGUGCACCUUAAAAAAAUGUGCAACAUGAACCGCAAACCUGUGCUUGUUUUUUCUAUGGACAUAAUACACCAGAACCCAUAGUAAUAAUCAAAGACAAAAGACUGUUGUUGUUGUUCACUCUCAGCAAAACACUGCCCCUAGCACUCUGGUGGAGAACUACACGGGCCAAAGAGCUACAAAUGGAUCAAGACACCAUUAGAAGGGUCGGUAUUCUGACUUCCCUGUAGCAUAAUUCAGUCUUCAGUAGCUCACUGACUAAUAGCUGCCAUAGCUCCAGGCGUCAUUUUAUGAUGUAUAGUGAAGCCUGCCUGCAAGUUUUUUUGAGUGCCUCUUGUCUCUAAAGUGGAGCAAACAAGUGAGGGAGAUGAUGGAGUUCCUACAGACUCUAUGGACACCUACAUGUGAAGGUUCCUUUCAAUAAUCACCACAUCAUUGUUUCCAGAAAUUAGACUAUGGGGUAUUAUUAGUCAAAACCUAAUUAAAUACAAGUGAUAUGUGGUAUUCUGGGCUGCACGAUGGUCGAGUGGUUAGUGUGCAGGCCACACAGCUCGGAGACCCGAGUUUGAUCCCACCAUCGGGCAUCUCUGUGUGGAGUUUGCAUGUUCUCCCCGUGCAUGCGUGGGUUUUCUCCGGGUACUCCGGUUUCCUCCCACAUUCCAAAAACAUGCUAGGUUAAUUAGCGACUCCAAAUUGUCCAUAGGUAUGAAUGUGAGUGUGAAUGGUUGUUUGUCUAUAUGUGCCCUGUGAUUGGCUGGCCACCAGUCCAGGGUGUACCCCGCCUCUCGCCCGAAGACAGCUGGGAUAGGCUCGAGCACCCCCCGCGACCCUUGUGAGGGUAAGUGGCAGAAAAUGAAUGAAUGUAGUAUUCUGGUCACUCCUUAACUUACGUUAUAUUACCUUAACACUGCAUGAGGUCAUGAAGUCAGUCAUGGCAU